UUUCGUGAUACAGGCGACCAAUAAAUGUUUUGAAAAUAAUGAUAAUUAUUUCUCAACAAGGGUUAUGUCAAAAAUGCAGAAGGCGUGGUGAGAAUUAUUGAUUAUGGCGAGUUUAGCGACGCGAUUGGUCGAUGUGUUCUUGAAAUCCGGAAUUUCGAGUUCUUCCUUUCACCAUACACACCGUUUUAUAACCUUGUGUUCCGUUGAUUACGCAGCAGUGAAGACCAACAGAAAAAUGGCAACCCUUCUUACAGCAGACGAGCGUAAACAAACCCUGGAGCCCCUUUUACAAAGUGGUUGGAAUUUGGUGGAGAAUCGCGAUGCUAUUUACAAGGAAUUUAUGUUUACUAAUUUCAAUGAAGCUUUUGGUUUCAUGACUCGCAUCGCACUCUUGGCGGAUAAAAUGGACCAUCAUCCAGAAUGGUUCAAUGUUUACAACAAGGUACAAGUGACUUUGGCUACACACGACGUCCAAGGACUCAGUGGCAGAGACGUCAAGUUGGCAAAUUUCAUGGAAAAAGUUGCCAAAACCAUCAAAGUUUAAAUUUAUGUUAGAUGAUCAUGAAUUAUAAGAACUCUAAAUAAUGGAUCUUUUGUUUUGUUAAAAUAUAUUUGAUUUAAUAAAAUUAUUAUAAAUAA